CUUCAAUUCACACUCGGUUCGUAAUCUUUGACGAUGCCCACAACAAAAAAGCCGCAAAAGACUAGAGCAACUAGGAGAAGCUUGCCAAAAUCGAGGACGGGCUGCAUGACUUGUCGGAAACGGAGAGUCAAAUGUGGAGAAGAAAGACCAAGGUGUCUGAAGUGUGUCAAGUUUGGCAUUUCAACCGAAGAUUGCGAAUAUCCCCAAACAUUCACACCAUAUAACCAAGGACAACUUCUUCCCGAGUCCAAGCCACUUCUGCCCAAAAGCGCUGCGACUGCUGGACUUGGAAAAGACUACUCUGGAAAUCUCGGAGUGGAACAAUUCCAGCAAUUUUUGGUACCCAGGCCCCCUCGCGGACUCUUCGAGAAUGACAAAGAAUAUCGCUUCUAUCAAUUCUUCUCCAAGGAUGUUGCGCAUGAGCUUUCAGGAUUCAAUCCGUCGACUCUCUGGCAACAAUUAAUUCUGCAGGCGGCAGAGGCAGAUCAAUUUAUUCGCCAUUCUGUCAUAGCCGUUGGUGCAUUGUAUAAGAUAAUCCACAAAGCGCCUCACAUGCGACCAUGUGACGCUCACCGGCUAUUCAAAGCCGAGCACGACUUUGCUGUCCAGGAAUACCAAAAGUCUCUCGUCAGCAUGCGAGGUGCAAUUUCGACGUCGAGUAUGGAUGUUCGAACUGCUUUGAUUGCAUGCCUUCUGACAGUUUGCUUCGAAAACGUCUAUGGACGUAAAGAUUUGGCUCUCUCAAAUUGUCUAAGUGGUACCAAAUUGCGACGGAAAUUUGGGAUCUCCCCAUUAGGCAAUCGCUCAUUGCAUCGAGUUCCGGCAAAGGAUGAGAUGUCAAGGUCUUGUGCUGUCGAAGAUGAGCUCGUUGCCGUGUUCUCUCGGCUAGACCUCUCAGCUAUGCUCUUUGUUGAUUACUACCCUCAAGAUGGCCAUCGCAUGUUCAAAGAUGAAGCGGAUAGCUUGAUUGAGGAGAUGGCACUUAGAUUUGAAACUAUGGAAGAGGCUAUUGCGUAUAGCAACAUCAUAACGAAUCGAUGUUGGCAUUUUCUAAACAUUGUCCAGGGGCUCGACAGGCCAACGGUACGGCGCCCAUGGGACCACAUGGAGGACUUCCAGGGUAGAUGGGCUUGGGUAGAUCUAAGGUACGGCUCGAAUCCUUGGACAGGCACGAACAGACGGAUCCCGUCAAAUUGGUUGAAGGAAGCGGCAGAGUGUUUCGCACAGCUAGAAAAGUGGUUGACCAGGUUUGAUUCGUUGUGGCAAAGUCUCCAAAGCUCAUCCCAAGGCCAGCAUAAAGACUUUACCCGAGCAACCUUGUUAAAGCUACAAGCUAUAUCAACGUACAUAUCUGUUAAAGGUUCCCUUUAUAGACACGAAACGGAAUGGGACGCUCACAUUCCCGAGUUUGAGGAAAUCGUGUCUCUUACCGAGUGUUACAUGUCUUCGAAACCGAAACGGUUCUAUUUUACAUUUGAUGGCGAGACAUUGAUUUAUCUGUACUAUGUGUUAUGGAAAUGCAGAGAUGGUGCCAUCAGGAGAAGGGUCCUGAAGGUGUUGGAUGAGCAUCCGAGACGCGAAAACUCCUGGGAUGCGGAGCAUUCCGCGAAUGUUGGUCGGUGGCUAUUGUCGUUGGAAGAAGGAGAGCGAGGAAAGUUGGCAUGUCAUGCGAUUGAGGAGGAAGACAGGAUGCGGCUUUUGGGGAUGGACUAUGAUACACUUGAGGGUGGCAUUCGCACGUGGGGAUACAAACUUCGAAACGGCGAACGUGAGUGUUUCUGUCAUCAAUGGCCAGAGUAAUCACGAGAAAUACACUUGGACUUGCUUGGCCGUCAUCAUUGAUUUACCUCUGAUCUGUCUAGACAGGUGUGGACCACUUUGAAUCCUUGCCCAGGCAAUUGCCGCUAGGUAGGUACCUAGUAAGUGUUGAGAUACUGAUCACGUGUCUAUAAAAUAUCACCAUUUCGACUAGGUUUGAAUCGGCAUGAUGAGAUCUGGUCAUGUCGUCUGUUCAUGUAUCUACAAAUUUGGGUUUCUGCCCAUACAUCACAUAUCUGAUGUUUGACAGUUAGCUGUCUCCAUCCGAAGCUCGAGAAGCAAAAACUC